AUGGACCUGCCCGCUGACUUGCUGCCGGUUCAUUCCGGUCCACAUUGCGAGAAGUACAUACUCGACCCAAGCGCAGACGGCCAACCCGACAUCCAAAUCCACCGUCGGUCGUGGAAGGCUUUUGACCCUGAGCUUACCAUUGGCAAGCUCAGGGAACUAGGAAAGCAUGGCUGUCUAUUUGGGGAGUCGGUCUAUUCCGACCUAACACGCUACGAAUCGCCAUCUGAUUGCUCCCCUGUUCUGCAUUCCUUUAUCCCCUGGGAAUUGGACAAAACCCGUUACCAGGCCGUCAUGUUUGGAGUUCCAGAGUCUUCAGAUGACGAUGAUGAAAGCGAGGUCGGUAAAGAUUACGAUCAUCAGGACGGUGAAGACAAGAUCCAAUCAAGCGGCGUAAAGGUGUACCUGAAACCCAGUCUCAACUUCAUGCUCAAGAGGGUUAUCUCCAUCAGCCAAAACCAGUCCGGGUUUUCCCUACUCGAAACGGAGAGUCAACGCGAUCUUUAUUGUGCCUUGAGUUACUACUGGGGUGGUGAUCAAAAGACCAAGGCAACAAAGGAAACCCUCCCACAGUUGAAGGCUAACAUCGCCUUCGGCAAGCUUCCAGCAACACUCCAGGACGCCAUCACUACAACUCACGGACUGGGCCUUCGCUAUUUAUUUGUGGACUCGAUCUGCAUCCUUCAAGACCACGAAGAGGAUAUGCACCUCCAAAUAGCGCAGAUGUCCGAGAUAUACAGCGAAGCAGCCGUCACUGUUCUUGCUUCUCAGGCCAAGGGUGUCAACUUUAGCUUCCUGCACAAACGACAAAACUCAUUUCCGAGCCUCCGAUUAAGAGACAAGCGUUACAAGAUGUCACUGAGAUGCCCUAACGGCGAGUUAGGGUCGGUGGUAGUACUUUCAGGCUACUCGCGUGGUAAAAAUAGCUCAGGACCUCUCGAUUCUCGAGCUUGGGCUUUUCAGGAAAAUAUGCUGUCGGCCGUACUCUGGGCUAUGAGGAUGAUCACACUACUUGGUGAUGCUCGACUAUAA